AUGCCAUCUAUCUCUUUAUCUAUCAAUAUAUCUAUCUAUCGCAUUCUAUUCAUACCUGUCUCAUUCAUUUUCAUAUCUAUCUAUCUAUCUAUCUAUCUAUCUAUCUAUCUAUCUAUCUAUCUAAGUCUCUUCAUAUCUAUCUCAUUCUGUUAUCUAUCUAUCUAUCUAUUUAUCUCACUUUAUCUCUGCGUGUUAUCAAUCUUCUCUCUCUAUCUCUCUUUGUCUCUCAUUUCUAUCUAUCUAUCUAUCUAUCUGUUUGUCUAUCUAUCUAUCUAUCUAUCUAUCUAUCUAUCUAUUUCACGAUGUUAUCAAUCUCUCUAUCUCUAUCUCUCUGAGUCUUGUGUUAAAAUCUCUCUCUCUCUCUCUAUCUCUCUAUCUCUCUCUGUCCGAUUCAGUUCAUUUCUAUCUAUCUAUCUAUCUAUCUAUCUAUCUAUCUAUCUAUCUAUCUAUCUAUCUAUCCUUGUCUCUUCAUAUCUAUCUAUCUUUCUCAGUCUGUUAUCUAUCACUGUAUCUCAGUGUAUUAUCAAUCUAUCUCUAUCUCUUUCUGUCUGUCUGAUUUGUUUCAUUUCUAUCUAUCUAUCUAUCUAUCUAUCUAUAUAUCUAUCUAUCUAUCUAUCUAUCUAUCUAUCUAACGUCGUGUCUAGAAAUUCUAAGAAUAUCUAUCUAUCUAUCUAUCUAUCUAUCUAUCUAUCUAUCUAUCUAUAUCAAUCUGUUCAUAUCUAUCUAUCUAUCUAUCUAUCUAUAUCAAUCUGUUCAUAUCUAUCUAUCUAUCUAUCUAUCUAUCUAUCUAUCUAUCUGUCUGUCUAUCUAUCUAUCUCUGCCUAA